UCGAAUACAAAUGCGACAAAUAAAAUAAGAUACUAACUAAACUUAUGUUGUGUGCUAACUUUAGACAAUACGUUAUAAGUACAGUAGGCUAGGUUAUAUAGGCCUAUGAAAAAACUUGUUACGUCAGUUCAGCCAUACAGUAAUAACGUCACUUGCUGCUCCGAAUUAGAACUUGUCACUUGUUAACGCAUUAAAAAUAAUACUGGCAUCUAAUAUUUUCGAACGUGUGGGAAGUAGACCAGAGACUCUGUGUGUGACAAUAACAGUGCGAUCAGUCCGCCAUGCCUUGACGAAAGGUGUGCCGGUCCAGAAAAAAAGUGAGAGAAAGAAAGAGACGGGAGUCCGGGACAAGAGCGGGGAGCCGCAACUCUGUUCAUUUUAAUGUAAGCCCAACUAAUUCUUGAUUAACUUGAUUACGUUUUUAUCUAGUGCGCCGUGUUUGGGUAUAAGAGAUGGCGUAACGUGUUCGCACAUAUCUUAUUCAACUUAGUUUUUUUAAACUUGGUGUGUAUUUUGGGAAAUAUAACAUUCUUUGAGACUGAAGGGGGGGAGAGCGACGUCUUGUUCUCUUUGCUCUGAACUUUUCCCGUGGAAAAAAUACUACAUUUUCAUAUGUAAAAUGAAAGAACUGUAAAGGUAGCGUAAUCUGUAGACGAGAUAGUGGAUUUAUUUUCCUUUCCUAUGCGUGCGGUGCAACGUAACCUGCGGCGACUCGCGCAUCCAAGAACGGAAGAGAAAACCGGUCAUUUACAAGACUUUCUGUAUGCUGCGAACUUUCUGAGCACGUCGAGUGGAAACAUUAACGGACACUGUAUUCGGCAUAGCUAGGACAGUUACUUUAUUACUUUAUUAACACUAACGAGAUGAAAACAACGGGACUUAUCUCCAUUUUUUAAUUCUGGGAAACAAAGGGCAGACAGACUGAGUGCUGUUAACUGCUACACGGGAAAACUGUUGCCUACUGUAUGGACCUCUGGCCGGGGAUGGGUUGUACUACACAGAGCAGGAACUCAAACGCAGAACUUUAGCAGAGCUUUAAAAUUGCACAAAAAAGGAUCUCGGCUCUUGACGUGAAUAGACGGGGUAACAAAGCAUAAGGGCACUUUUAAGUAGCCUACGGCAGUUUUACUGUAAGGAUAGGGGAGCGUCCAUUUAUCAACAACAGAAGCCAAUCUGCAGUAACGCAACGAUGACUUGAUAACCGGACCCACACCUUUGCUUGAAAUAACCCCUCACAAUGACGUCGCUGUUUUCUUGAUUAUUAUUGUCCAGUAUUUAUUGCGCACUGACCAGAAUUCGAUUUAGAUCCGUAAAUUUAAGUUUGAUGCUUUCGGCCAUCGUCACUGCCGUUUCCAUGAGUACCGGCCUGCUUGACCUCGGUGACUGCCCGUCUGAUGCUUUGUGUGUUUUGAGCUCCAGAGGCUAGUGAACUGACGGACGCACGCUCUCGCGUAUUAGAGGUGGUUUAUUAGCCGGGCCGGAGGAUGGACCGUCUCAGCAGUAAGCUUCUGGAGAAGCUGAAGCUGACGGACUCUGGCAGCGUGAAGUUCAGCUCCAAGAAGAAAGGCGAGCCGGCCAAUGCAAACAACAACAAUAGCUGCAGCAGCGGCGGGGGGGGCGGGGACGGGCCGCACCGCGCGACCCCCCCCAGGCCCCAGCGAGGUGUCGGGGUGUGUGUGCCGAGCGCCACCCGUCCCUCCCGCCCCUCUGCCCUCAGACACGGGUCCGAGCGCGGAGCCCCACCCGGCCGUCGCGGAGCCCCCCCUGAGACGCGGCUACCCCGCGCGGCAGGCGGACGGUGGCUCUCCGGCGCCCCCGCUGGGUGUCGGCCUCGUGGCCAGCCAUCGCCGCUAUUCGCUGGAGCUCCAGCACCUGGCCCAUCGGCGGCAGCUGCUCUCGCAGCCAGCCCCGCCCCUGUGUGCGCCCCCCGGUGGCGGCCCGCUGCGCUGCGGCGGCGAGCCCGGCUUCCCGCCCGAGCUGGAGCGCCACAAGCGCUUCUCCCUGCAGGAGGCGCUGGUCUACAAGCGGCACAGCACAGGGGGCGAGCCCUGGGACCGGCCCGCCCCCCUCUCGCUCCCGCCCACCCGGCCCCCGGCAGGCCCCGCCCUCAGCCCGCGGUCCUCGCUCAGCCUGCAGGAGGCGCUGUUGGCCAGCCCACGCUCCUCGCUCAGCCUGCAGGAGGCGCUGUUGGCCAGCCCGCGAUCCAGCUUCGCCAGCUCGGCCAGCGGGGGGAGCCCCAUGGGCAGCCGCUGCAGCAGCAACCGCACCAGCGGCAUCAGCCUGGGCUUCGACUCCCGCCACGCCCAGCUGCCCGCCCCGCCCCCUGCAGCCGGCGCAGGCCAUGCCCAGGCAGGGGGGGGGCGGGCGGGAGUGGGGGCGGGGGCCCCCUCUGCGGAGAUGUGGAGGGAGUAUUUGGACGGGGCUGGGGGGGCGGGGCAGGACAGCCGGCACUCGUACCCGCCGGCCCUGGGGAGCCCUGCCGCCGCCAGCCUCCUGGGGCCCUCCUGGGGGGGUCGGCUCCUGCAGGGGGGGCCCGGGGACCGCGCGCGGUACUCAGACCUGCCGGGGCCCCGCUAUCAGGAGGAGCUGACCCAGCUGCUGCGCUGGGAGGCCGCGCUUCGGGGCGAGGACCCGGGGGACCCCACAGGCCUGCUGGGCACUCUGGAGGGGCUGGCCCUCAAAGACCCGCCCACCAGGCCCCUCCCCAGCCCCGCCCCACCACAGCCCAAACCCCCAGCGGAGCAGGGAGCGGCCAGAGACUCCGACAGUCGGCAGGAGUACUUUGGUACCUGUGUGAAGUGCGGGAAAGGUGUCUACGGGACGGAGAGUGCCUGCCAGGCGUUAGACAGCCUGUAUCACACACACUGCUUCACCUGCGUGUCCUGCGGCCGCACCCUCAGAAACAAGGACUUCUACAACGUGAGUGGCUCAGUUUACUGCAAAGAGGACUACAUGUUCUCAGGAUUUCAGGCGGCAGCGGAGAAGUGCAGUGUGUGCGGCCACCUGAUCCUGGAGAAGAUCCUGCAGGCGCUGGGGAACUCCUACCAUCCAGGCUGUUUCCGUUGUGUGGUUUGCGCAAAAACAUUAGAUGGAGUUCCCUUCACAGUGGACUACCUCAACAAUGUCUACUGCGUCUCUGACUACAACAGGACCUUUGCUCCAAAGUGCGCUGCUUGUCUACAGCCAAUUCUACCUACAGAGGGCAGUGAGGAGAUUCUCAGGGUGGUGUCCAUGAACAAAGACUACCACUUUGAGUGCUACCACUGUGAGGGGUGUGGCAAACAGCUCUCAGAUCAGCCGGGAUCACAGUGUUUCCCUCUGGACUCUCACUUGCUGUGUCACUCCUGUCACAUGACUCGGGUGUGCACCACUCUCAAUCUUCUCCCUCCUAACUCUCAGUGACACACACACACAUACACGCACUCGCACACACACGUGCGCAUACGCAUGCACACUCACACUCGCACACACACGCACACACACACACUCUCACACUCACACGCGCACAAGCGUGCACACACACUCUUGCACACACUCUUUCUCACACACACACAAACACACACACAUCAUUUAUAGUUAACCCACUUACUUGGACACUAACAAGGCCAACUCAGUGAUAGAGCUCAACACUGGUAACCCAACUCAGUGACUCCGCCUAGUCAUUAAGCACAAAUGCUACGAGCUGUAAAUCUGCAUUUAAACCACGGUCUCUUACUGUGUUAGGCUGUGCCACAGUCACUGUGCUGGUCUUACUCUUACUGUGUUAGGCUGCGCCACAGUCACUGUGCUGGUCUUACUCUUACUGUGUUAGGCUGCGCCACAGUCACUGUGCUGGUCUUACUCUUACUGUGUUAGGCUGCGCCACAGUCACUGUGCUGGUCUUACUGUGUUAAGCUGCGCCAGUCGCUGUGCUGGUCUUACUCUUACUGUGUUAGGCUGCGCCACAGUCACUGUGCUGGUCUCACUCUUACUGUGUUAGGCUGUGCCACAGUCACUGUGCUGGUCUUACUCUUACUGUGUUAGGCUGUGCCACAGUCACUGUGCUGGUCUUGCUCUUACUGUGUUAGGAUGUGCCACAGUCACUGUGCUGGUCUUACUGUGUUAGGCUGUGCCACAGUCACUGUGCUGGUCUUACUCUUACUGUGUUAGGCUGUGCCACAGUCACUGUGCUGGUCUUACUGUGUUAGGCUGUGCCACAGUCACUGUGCUGGUCUUACUGUUAGGCUGUGCCACAGUCGCUGUGCUGGUCUUACUGUGUUAGGCUGUGGUGUGCACAGGACUCCAGACUACUGUCUCACAGCCUGUGUUUCUACUGCAACUUUUAUCUGAAGGAGAGAUCCUGAUAGAGUUUGUAUAUUUAAUAUCACUAGCAGCUGUUUUGCACUUAAAGAUGAAUGUGUUCCUUAAGAGAUUUGUCUUGUAAAAAGAUCCCAUGGAGAUAAACAGUCUUGAUAUUCGUGUUUUAAUUAAAAUAUUUAAGUUCUGCAA